GGCCCCGCCGGUGGCGGCGAGAUGAGCAAGCGGAAGGCGCCGCAGGAGAACCCCAACGACGGCAUCACGGACUUCCUGACCGAACUGGCCAACUAUGAGAAGAAUGUGAAUAGAGCCAUCCACAAGUACAAUGCCUACAGGAAAGCCGCUUCUGUAAUAUCCAAGUAUCCAAGCAAGAUAAAAAGUGGGGCUGAAGCAAAGAAACUGGAUGGAGUAGGAGCGAAAAUCGCGGAAAAAAUUGAUGAGUUUUUAUCCACUGGUAAACUACGUAAGCUAGAAAAGAUUAGACAAGAUGAUACAAGCUCUUCUAUCAACUUCCUGACCAGAGUUACUGGCAUAGGUCCUGCUGCUGCCAGGAAGUUUGUAGAUGAAGGAAUUAAGACACUGGACGAUCUCAAGAGAAAUGAGCAUAAAUUAAACCACCAUCAACAAAUUGGGUUGAAGUAUUUUGAAGAUUUUGAGAAAAGAAUCCCUAGGGAAGAGAUGUUAGAGAUGCAGGAAAUCGUGUUGAAUGAGGUCAAGAAAGUGGACCCCACAUACAUCGCUACAGUGUGUGGCAGUUUCCGCCGAGGUGCUGAAUCCAGUGGGGAUAUGGAUAUCCUGUUGACCCAUCCAGACUUCACUUCUGAAUCGUCCAAGCAGCCGAAGCUUUUGCAUCAAGUGGUGGCGCAGCUGGAAAACAUCCAUUUCAUUACGGAUACACUGUCAAAGGGGGACACCAAAUUCAUGGGAGUGUGUCGACUUCCAAACAAAGAUGAGGAGGCAGAUAUCCCUUUCAGGAGAAUUGAUAUCAGAUUGAUUCCCAAGGAUCAGUAUUACUGCGGAGUCUUGUACUUCACAGGAAGCGAUAUAUUUAAUAAGAACAUGCGGACUCAUGCACUGGAAAUGGGCUUCACCCUCAAUGAGUACACCAUCCGGCCCUUGGGGGUUACAGGGGUUGCUGGAGAGCCCCUCCCAGUAGACAGUGAAAAGGACAUCUUUGACUACAUCCAGUGGAAAUACCGAGAGCCGAAGGAUCGGAGCGAAUAGCUCUGCCCAGGCUCAAGGCUCCUUCCUUGGGCUGAGGCCUUGGCAGCUGAGCUCAGGAGCAUAUUUAUUGCUUGGUGCUCUUUCAGAAGAUGUGCAAGUGUGACUGUUUUUAAACAUUUUCUUUCACUUCUGUGUAAAAAGUACGCUGUAAUUAAAUUGCCAACCGUGA